AUGGAGACUCGUUCUUUUUUAGUGCACUGUGGGGAGCCUUUCUUUGGUGGUCCAUACGUCGAUGUGCUACCGCCAUCAUCGGCUGCUUUUGUUAAUGAAAACCAAGUAGGCGGUAAAGUGCUCGGCAGGCACUCACCAGAAUUAUACUGGCGAAUAGGUAACGACCCCCGUUGUUCUCGGCGAAUGAUGUCCAUUACUGCGGAGGAAUUGGCAACAACAAUAACAACAACAGGAGGAGGAGGAGGAGGAGGAUUGGCAACAGUAAGAGAAAACGAUGAGUUUUCUUCUGAUCGUGUACACCCACAUGUAGCACAACGGCUUGUAUUAAAGUGUCUCGGCAAAAAUACUUUAACUGUGGUACGUUCCAAGGCUACUUCAAAAUCUUUAAGUCAAGGAAGUCAAGAAAGUCGCUUUCUUCUUCAUCAAUCGGAUUCUAUUACACUUCGUGUUGGUGAUAGUAUUGGUAUUGGUGAUAAAAUAUGGAUGCAGGUUGUUUUGGCUCAUAUUAUUGUAACAGAUGAGGUGAAAGAACCAGUGGUGUUACCAUAUGAAGAAGAUAAGGAAAAAGGUGAAGAUGCAAUCUAUGUCCCGGCUUGCAGAAAUUUUUACCCCUACUCAAAAGAACCACCUCCUCCUUCAGUGGUGCGUACAAGUGUAGCGUGGUCAAAGCUACCAUUUACUGUGAGGUCUUCGCUGGUACACUCUGUAUGGAAGCAGCAGUUAGCUGCAUUCUCUCGAAUUACAGGAACGGUAACAGUUUCUCUGGCUGGUGGAGACACACCAGUCUUUGCCUCUUAUGAAGAAGCAAAUAAAGAAGAAGAGGCAGGAGCUGGUGCUGCUGCUCUUGAUCCCUUUGCUGUCACAGAUACAUCACCGCAGCAUGAUAUGAGGGGAAUAAUUGGAGGAGACGGAGAUACUGGAAACUUACGUAGACAACGUGUUUCAUUGUCUAAAGGUCGAGUUGGAGAAUCACAACUUAUUUCACUAGAUAUGGCGCCAGUACAAAAGAAACGACGUGCUUCCUUCUCAGAAGGAGGAGGAGGAGGAGGAGGAGGAAGCGAAGUUUUGGAAGGUGCAACUCCCAUCUGUUUGGUAGAAAGUAAUACCUACUAUGAUACCUAUGAUGAACGUUUAGAUGAAACGGUUUGCGCAUUAGAGAAAAAAGCUGCUGUCAUUAACCGUCUUAUAACUGUUGGGCCAUCGGCGUCAGUGUUAUUAGGUGGUAGUCCUCCACCUGAUGAAGGAUCUAGAGAACCUAAGAAAGGAGGAAGUCCUCGUACAACUUCUCUCGCGGUCAGCAGAACUCAAUUGCGACUUGGUAAAAGGCCACAACAGCAGCAAGAAGAGACCGGACAUGGGGAUGGUACAACUGUGAACCCGGCAGGUGAUGAGUCGCAAGUAGUGUACUAUCGCCAUUAG